CAGCUCCUCCUCAAAACCUACAAAAAAAAAAGGCCUCACGGCCUAAUAAACGCAAACCUGCUCUACUAAACAUAGGCAAACAAGCAAAAAACAAAAAGGCCAGACUCUCAACCAAGGCAGAAAAAGAAAAUAAAGACAAAAUCUUUUGCUUGAUAGAAUUGCUUGAUAGAAAACAAAGAAAACCAGGACACUAUCAUCUCCUUGAGCUUUAA